AUGGAAAGACUGCUAAUGCAAAACAACAUCGAUCUAUUUAAAUUCGCGAGAGAUACAAAAGAACACUUCUUCAGAAAAACAGGCAAAAAGAACAACCUAUUCUUCUUCGGACCACCGAGCACUGGCAAAACAAUGCUAAUGAGAUCACUAGUAGAUAUGCACUACAACUAUGCAAUAUUAACAGGACUACAACCAACAUCGGCAUUCAACUUUGCAAAUUUAGUAACAAGAAAUGCAUGUUUCAUGGACGAGUGCAGACUCACCGACAACCAAUUUGAACAAUGGAAACUACUAGCAGGAGGACAAACAAUGAAUACAGAAGUUAAAUAUAAAAAUCAACUGUUAAUUGAAAACUGCGUAUUGUACACGGCAAGUAAUUACGAAAUUGGUACUUACUUACAAUGUGGCAACACCCACGAUGCAAUAGCAGAAAGAACAAUUCAAUAUAACUUCUAUCACAAAACUGAAUUUAUAAAACUAAAUGCAUUCAUAUGGGAAAAAUUUUGGGAAAAAAUAUGGCAACGCGUCACUCUUCGAAGAGAUCGAGCACAAUAUUAA